GUUCUUGUACAGGCUUGGCCAUACUUUGGGACAAUCAUGGAGAAAACAUUUAAAGAAGUCCUUGAACCAAAAAUCAGAGCAAAGAACAUUCAUCUGAAAACGUGCACCUUUACCAAGAUCCACUUUGGUGAGAAGUGCCCUAGAAUCAACGGAAUAAAAGCCUACACCAAAGAAAUCAAUAGGAGACAAGUUAUCCUAGACCUGCAGAUAUGUUACAUAGGGGACUGCGAGAUUCACAUGGACAUAGCGAAAUUUAAUCUUGGAGUGAAAGGCAUACAGUUGUAUGGGACGCUGCGGGUGAUACUGGAACCCCUUCUAACUGAUGCACCAUUUAUUGGAGCAGUGACCUUGUUUUUUAUGCAGAAACCGCAUUUGGAAAUCAACUGGGCAGGCAUGAGCAACCUCCUGGACAUCCCAGGCAUUAAUGUAAUGUCAGACUCGCUCAUUCAAGACUUCAUUGCUGCACGGCUGGUCCUACCCAACAGGAUCACGGUACCUCUGAAAAAGAACAUGAACAUUGCCCACCUGAGGUUCCCUAUCCCACAUGGAGUAAUAAGGGUUCAUCUGCUAGAAGCUGAAAACCUUGUCCAGAAAGAUAGUUUCCUUGGUGCAAUCCGGGGGAAGUCCGACCCAUAUGCUCUUCUUCGCGUUGGCACGGCGCAGUACCGAAGCAAGACAGUGUCCCGAGAUCUUAAUCCUAUUUGGAAUGAGACAUUUGAGUUUGUGGUUCACGAAGUGCCUGGUCAGGACUUAGAAGUGGACUUAUAUGAUGAAGAUCCAGAUAAAGAUGACUUUAUGGGCAGCUUGCUUAUAAGCCUGGUGGAUGUAAUGAAUGACAGAACUGUUGAUGAGUGGUUUCCCUUGAGUAAGACGACAAGUGGACACUUGCAUUUAAAACUGGAGUGGCUUUCACUAGUGAAUGACCAAGAAAAGCUGCAUGAGGAUAAGAAGGGUCUGUCUACAGCUAUUCUGAUAGUCUACUUGGACAGUGCCUUUAAUCUUCCAAAAAACCACUUUGAAUAUUCGAAUGACUGUGGAGCAAAGAAGAUCAAAAAUAACAAGUACCUCAAGAAGAUGGAUCGAGAGCCUUCCUCCUUUGUUCUGCUCACGGUAGGAAACAAGACUCAGAAAAGUAAGACCUGCAAUUUCAGCAAAGAUCCCACAUGGGGCCAGGCUUUCACCUUCUUUGUCCACAGUGCUCAGUCCCAGUCACUCCAUGUUGAGAUAAAAGACAAGGAUCGGGAUAGUGCGCUGGGUACAUCAGUGGUAUGCCUCUCACACUUACUGAAGGACCCAAACAUGACUCUGGAUCAGAGAUUUCAGCUGGAUCAUUCCAGUUCAGACAGCUUCAUUAAGAUGAAACUUGUGUUGCGGGCUUUCAAUGUUGAAGAACCCGAUCCACAAAGAGUUAAGGUUGGUGUUAAUGCCUCAAAGCAAGGCCCUGUGUAUGUUGUGGAGAAGGGUGGAAACCAGCAGAUGUCUGCCUCUGCACCAAAACCAGAAGUCUCAAAAGUACCCACAGUGAGCAAAGACUCUGCAGGACUUGAAUCCCUGCCAAAACAGGACAGCAGGGAAGACCUGGAUGCAAAUGGCAGUUCAGCAGCACCAAGUGAAACUGCUGCCAGCCUUAAUGAGACAGAACAGGAGCAAAAUGCAGAGCAUCACUCAUCAUCAACGCUGCAUACCAGAGCUGCAGUAGUGCCCACACUGCCAGUCGUACAGGAACUGAGGAUUGCACCCAGUGUCACUUCCCUGGGUUCUCUGCCUUCUUCUUGCUUUGAAUUAAGUAGCAGCAAUCUGGACCUUCAUAAUGGGACGGAAAUGCCUCUGGGAGAGAUCCAGCUGACAGUGCGGUACGCUUCGGUACGGCAGAGUCUCGUCGUGCUGGUGAACGGCUGCAGAAACUUAGUGCCCUCUUGCAAUCGUGGAGUCGAUCCGUACGUUCGUAUUUACCUGCUUCCAGAUAGAAGAUGGUCAAGCAGGAAGAAGACCUCUGUUAAGAAAAAAACUCUGAACCCCCAAUAUGAUGAGAAGUUUGAAUUCUUUGAAUCUUUGGAGGAUGUCAAGAAAAGGACGCUGGACAUCGCAGUGAAAAACAGCAAGCCGUUCAUUUCACAGGAGAGGAAGGAGCUGGGGAAAGUGCGGAUUGACUUGUCACAGGAGGACUUAAUAAAAGGCUUUGCACAAUGGUAUGAGCUGACAAGGAGUAGACGCAAGAAAAAUUGAUUUCUUCUCCUGUACAUAAGUUAUUACUUUUCCAGCUUUAUAUGAAUGUACAUAUCUGUUUUGUAAUUAAUAUUUUGAACAGUCACUGCAAAGUUGAAGCAGUCUCAAGCUUGGGACAGGCAAAUGUAAUGAUCCUACUUAGAUCAGCCCUCAUUGAAGCUAAAAACCAAAAUCAAUCAAACCAACCCCCAACACACACUGGGUAUAAUUUGUCCCUAAAUAAGCCCUUUAUUUUUGCUGUUUCUGGCAUAACUCCCCCAAAGAACCCUUAAGUAUGAAUAUUCUCUUAAGGAAGUGUUGCACCUGGAGAGAUUUUAGACUGAGAGCUGUCAUUUACUUUGCUUGGAAGUUUUACCUCCCCAGGUUCCUAGUCAUCUUCUUUUAACAUGGAACCAUUGUACUUUUAGAAGAACUCACUUUUAAAUGGUGUGUUUUCAUUUGAAGGGCUACAGAAUGAGUUUGAAAAAACUCUUUAAGACUCUAAUAGCAAGAAACUAAGAAAUUGUCAUUCCACUGUUCAAAAGCAUUUUAGCAGAUUGUGGCUGCAGGUAUGUAUAUAAUGAGCUCCCCAUAGCAGGGAGAUUAGGUUACCAAGACGUCACUGAGGUUUUAGUUUGUGAUGCCUUAACAGGUUUUGUUCUUUGUUACAGUACAUUUCAGAAUCUUGUAAACCUUGAUGGCAAAGCAUUCUGCCUGAGCAACAGCAGAGUUUUGUAAACUAAGCUUUAUUAAUAUUACAGCAAAAUAUACCAAAAUAUUUUUGGAAGCUUGGUGUAUUUGUUUCUGUACAAUAAAAAUCUGUCUUGCAUAAGGAAAUUGAUCUAUGCCUUUCUAAACCUGAGUUUUGAAGUAUGACCAUGGUAACUUUACAGUUCUGCUAGGCAGAAACCCAUCAGCUACCACUACCUGAAGCAAGUUUCAAAUACUUUUGGCCUUAGGGUACUUCAACUUAGUCUGCCUCAGCCCAUAACUGGGGAGAGCACUCACUAGCAAUUUG